AUGCGUGGAGAUGGACUUGACCACCGGGGCGCCACCAACGCCUCCUCCCCCUCCCCCUCCCCUCCGUCUAAAUGGCGACAUCUCCUCCAAAUCUCGCCUCCUCCCCUUCAUUAUUCCUCCACCCUCGCCCCCUCCCCAUCCCCCACCCCGUUCCCGCUCAAAACCCUAACCCUAGCGGCGCCCCUCGCCAUGGCCGCCGACUACCGCACACCCGACAGGCUCCUCCCCGCCGCCGCCGCCGAGGGGCCGGCCCAGGACCCGCCCAAACCGGCCCUCGGCGUCGCGGGGCCGGCCGCCGCCGCGACCCACGACGGCCUGCGCUUCUGGCAGUACAUGCUCGCCGGCUCCGUCGCCGGCGUCGUCGAGCACACGGCCAUGUUCCCGGUCGACACCCUCAAGACGCACAUGCAGGCCGCCUCGCCGCCCUGCCGCCCCACCCUCUCGCUGGGGGCCGCGCUGCGGGCCGCCGUCGCCGGGGAGGGCGGCGCGCUCGCGCUCUACCGCGGCCUCCCCGCCAUGGCCCUCGGGGCCGGCCCCGCCCACGCCGUCUACUUCUCCGUCUACGAGUUCGCCAAGUCGCGCCUCUCGGACCGUUUCGGCCCCAACAACCCCGCGGCCCACGCCUCCUCGGGGGUGCUCGCCACCAUCGCCAGCGAUGCGGUCUUCACCCCCAUGGACACCGUCAAGCAGCGGCUGCAGCUCACGAGCAGCCCCUACACCGGCGUCGCGCACUGCGUCCGCACCGUGUUCCGCGACGAGGGCCUAAGGGCCCUCUUCGUGUCGUACCGGACCACGGUGCUCAUGAACGCGCCAUACACCGCCGUCCACUUCUCCACCUACGAGGCGGCCAAGCGUGUGCUCGGGGACAUGGCAGCUGACGAGGAGUCCCUUGCCGUGCACGCCACUGCGGGUGCUGCCGCCGGUGCUCUAGCAGCCGCGUUGACCACACCGCUCGACGUUGUCAAGACGCAGCUGCAGUGCCAGGGUGUAUGCGGCUGUGAACGCUUUGCUAGUAGCUCUAUAGGAGACGUGUUUAGAACGAUUAUAAAGCGUGAUGGAUACGUUGGGCUCAUGAGGGGAUGGAAGCCGAGAAUGCUGUUCCACGCACCAGCAGCUGCCAUCUGCUGGUCCACAUACGAAGCCUCGAAGUCGUUCUUUGAAAGAUUUAAUGAGAAAAGGAGAAAAUAG